GAGCAGGAGAGAAAUAGGUAGGCAGGCGGCACACCUCCUGCACGCGAAUGUGUAUGUCGGUGUUUUGUUUGUUUCUUAUAUGUACACCAAAGGUCAGGUGACUGAGAGUCUUUCGCCAUCGGUCCAUCGUUUCAGCCAUGAUAGGAGCAGGUGCGCAACGUAGCAAACAACACAAGCAAGAAUUGCAAGAGAAACCACACACACAUGCGAAUUGUCUUUCAUCCGCAUGGCGUCACUCACUGUGUGUUGGCUCCGUCCCUCCCGCCCUCUCUGUCUGCUGUGUGUGUGACGGCGCUGCUCAGGCAUGGGUUCGUUCCCGUUUGUGUCGCCGUCUGAGCGGUGCCUGCAGAUCGGGAAGCUGUUCAAGGUCCUGUUGAUCGUUGAGGCAGUGGUGCUGGUGGCCAUGCUGCUGUUCACGCCGUUCGAGCUGUGGAUCCUGCUGCAGCUGAUAUCGGUGGGUUUGGGGUGGUGGGCCAUCAAGGACGAGGUGGCCUACCGCCCGCCAUUCGUCCAGACGUACGUCUUCCUCACCGUCCUGGGCUUCAUCUUCGCCGCCAUCGGGUUCGCCCAGUGGAUGGGGGACACCAUCAACAAAGCCAGCACCCCCUUGAUCAUCAUCACCGUCAUAUACGGGUGCUUCUCGCUCUUUCUUAUCGUCUGUUGCCGCUUCUCGUGGGUUCUUUACAAAGAAAUGCUCUCGUGCGAACCAACCGGGCUGCAGAUGGGGGCCUUCGGCCAAAUGGGUGGCGGGGCGGGUCAGUCCCAGAUGCAGCAGCCCGGUAGCGGCUACACCACAUCGUAUGCGGGCGGCGGGAGCUACUCGCAGGACCCGGCCGGGUCGCAGCCCUCACCCACCGGGGCGGGCGGGCCGACCGGCGGCAGACAAACCACAGGAUUCGUACCAUUCCAGGCACGGCAGGGCAGGGUGGACACACAACACAGGGGGUGCAAGCAAUCUAAUCUGCUGUGCUGUGUCGUGUUGUCUUGUCUGGUGUGGUUUGCUUCAGGGUGAGGGCCACAGGCUGGGUUGAGUGGGUGAGGAUCAACGCCGUUUGGACCGACCGACCGACCGGUGUUUGCAAUGCUAGGGGGGGCUCUCUCUGUUUUGACUGUAGCUAGCCAGCCAGCUCCGUGGACGACGGCAGGCACGUGUGACGUGUGUGUGUUGUUUCUCGGUGACGACUGACUGAUGAAUUCAUGCAUGGCCAUCCAUUGCAUGAGUGGCGUGAUUUUAAUUCAUCGUUGCUCAUGUGGCCUUGCCCUGGCUGGGGCCACCCACCAUCCAUCCAUUCAUCAGUCAGUCCUUGGUCCCAUCGAUCAAUCAAUAGGUCCGUCCGUCACACAACACACAGACAUGAGAGGUGAGCACAUCACAUAGAUCAUCUAGCAAAUAGUCCAUCCAGUCCAUCCCCUCCAGCCGCACCCACCGCACAUGUCAGUCAUGUGUGCUGUGGUGUGCACGUACGUAUGCAGAAAGUUAGUAAGCAGUUCCUGGCCUGCCUGUGCCUGUCGCUGCACUGCAAUCCACUCGGCCAUCAUCAUGCCAUGCCUCCGUCGGUUCGAACCGACGUGCUGCAUCCUUCCAUGAGUCACUCGCCUGGCGGGCUGGCUGGGCACGUGAGAGAAAAAAG